AUGUCUAAUGGUACAAGUCCGAGUGUGUUAAGUUUUUUGAGACAAUAUAGGUUCCAGAGGAAACCAAACGGUCCUGGUGAACCCAGCAGCCCAGUUACGGUUACCUCAUCUCCUUCAGGCUCUCAAAUGAUGCACAACAAUAAAAUUAGGAUGGCUGCGCCAAACACAGUCGUAGUUAGGAAUGUACCAGUGGUUUAUAAGCGGAUACGGUUGCAAGACUCUGAUUCUGAUGAUGCAGCAAGUCCCGCUAAGAAACCUGCCGUUGCUGUGGAACUGACAACUGCAGUCAAAGAAAGGAGAUUUAGAAAUAUGCUUGAAAUGUUCCCGGAUAUAUCGCCAAUUUUUGUCAAAAACACACUAAUAAAACAUGGCUGGAGUGAGGAACGUGCUAGGGAUGAGUUGCUGAUGCAUGACCCUGAGAGCAACGACAGAGGAUCUACUUCCACAUUUUUCGGUUCCAAGCCGAGUGUAUCAGGACAAAGUGCCCCUAGAACUUAUACUAAUAUGGGGAUUGUCAGAGUGACUAGUGGACCUAAGAUGAACGUGGUCGUGAGGAAACCCUUGGCAUCCAAGGGUGGAAGGGAAAGGGGAGGUAGUAGCGGCAGCGAAGAUGAUGAUUAUGGCGUCAAAAAAGGAAAAGAUGAUAGAGUUUAUGACAGUGAGGAUUCUGACAAUGAGGUCACAGAUGAUCUUAUAGGAGAUAAGAAGAAAGUGUUUGAGUUCCUCAACAACAGUAAUAUGAAUGAGUUGUCCCUACUCAGUGGAUGCUCACAGAAGAAGGCAGAAGCCAUCAUGUCUUUGAGACCUUUCAAGGGCUGGUUGGAUAUGGUAGAAAAGUUCAACAGCAAUAAGACGUUAAGUACAGAUCUUCUGAAUUCCACGCAAGAACUGUUGACGACGAGGAAUAAUAUCCAGCGGCUGAUGAAGAAGUGCAUCGUCCUCGCGCAGCAGUUGGAGUCUGCGGUGGCGGCGGGCGCGGGCCGGCUCAAACAACCCGCCAUUUUGCAUGAAAGCCUGAAACUCGCACCAUACCAGUUAGUAGGCCUGAACUGGCUUGCAGUGCUCCAUAAGCAAGGAGUCUCAGGUAUCCUUGCUGAUGAGAUGGGGCUGGGGAAGACUGUCCAGGUGAUAGCGUUCCUGGCACAUCUGAAGGAAACCGGCCAGGCUAGGGGAACACAUUUGAUUGUUGUACCUGCUUCUACACUUGACAACUGGAGCAGUGAGCUGGCGCGCUGGUGCCCGGCGCUGCGAGUCAGCAAGUACUACGGACACCCGGAGGACAGGCGCCAACUGCGCAUACAGUACGCCAGGGGACUCGACGACGUCGAUAUUGUACUUACCACGUACACAAUGGUGAACAGUUGCCCGGAGGAGCGCAAAAUGUUCCGAAUCACACCGAUGCACUACGUCAUCUACGACGAGGCGCACAUGCUCAAGAACAUGUCCACGCAGCGAUACGACAAUUUGCUUAAAAUCAAGUCGAAGCACCGCCUCCUGCUAACAGGCACUCCGCUGCAGAACAACUUGUUGGAGCUAAUGUCUUUGCUGUGCUUCGUCAUGCCACACAUGUUCUCCGGGAAGACCGAUGAUCUAAAGAGCUUGUUCCAGAAGACUGCUAAAUCAAAAACAACGAAGAAGGCAGAAGGGAAGCAAGAAGAUGAUGAUCUGCCCUUCGAACAGAGCCAGAUAACUCAGGCUAAACGUAUCAUGAAGCCGUUCGUACUCCGUCGGCUGAAGAGAGAUGUUCUACAGGAUCUGCCCAAGAAGACCAACCACAGGGAGCUCUGUCCCAUGUCAGAGAGGCAGGGAAUACUGUACAAGAACCUUAUUGCUAGUUUCUCUGCUAAGGAUGGAUCGAUCCACGCGACCACGGAGCAGAGCGGCAUGUCGAUGAUGAUGGACAUGCGCAAGCUGGCCAACCACCCGCUGCUGCUGCGGUACCACUACGCGGACGGCGCGCUGCGCCCCCUGGCCGCCCGCCUCGCGCGGGACCCGCACUACAAGGAGAACAACGAGCAGUACGCCUGGGAGGACCUGCUCUGCAUGUCCGACUUCCAGAUCCAUCAACUUACUCUGCAGUAUAGCUGUAUAUCAUCAUACUCCCUGCCGGAGCACUUAAUCCUGGACUCUGGCAAGUUCCAAAAAUUAGACGAGAUGUUACCUCGACUGAAGGCGGGCGGGCACCGCGUGCUAGUGUUCAGUCAGUUCACCAUGAUGCUCGACAUACUCGAGCCGUACCUCACUAUACGCAGGCACCGGUAUCUGCGGCUAGAUGGCAGCACUGCUGUUCCGGACAGACAAGACUUAAUAGACCAGUAUAACAACGAGGAUAUCUUCGUGUUCCUGCUGUCCACGAAGGCAGGCGGACUGGGCAUCAACCUUACUGCUGCAGAUACUGUCAUCAUACACGAUAUAGACUUUAACCCUUACAAUGAUAAACAGGCUGAAGAUAGGUGUCACAGGAUGGGUCAGACGUCCAGUAACGAUAUACCGCCUUCUGAGCUGCGGCACCAUCGAGGAAGGAAUCUACCAGGUCGCGCAGGAGAAACUUAACCUGGAGAAACAUGUCACUGGUGAUGAUGAAAACGACAAGACGGAGCAGAAGAAUGUGGUGCGGUUAUUAUCAGCCGCACUUGGUCUGACAUCCCCGUCCAAAUGA